AUGGCACGGCGAGUAGGGAGUGAAGGCUCCCCGAAAAAGACAACAUCUCUCAACCUGGUGGCAGGGUUCUACCACUACCUCCGAGAUGAGCAGGAGGCGGUGCAGAAACGGACGUUCACAAAAUGGAUCAAUUCCCACUUGGCAAAGCGGGUCCCUCCUCUUGAGGUGAUAGACCUGUUUGACGACAUCAAGGAUGGUGUGAUCCUGCUGGCCCUCCUGGAAGUCCUCUCUGGACAAACACUGCCAUGUGAGCAGGGCAAGAAGCUAAAGAGGAUCCACUGGGUCGCCAAUAUUGGUACAGCUCUCAAGUUCCUCGAGGGCAGAAAAUCUGCCUACAGGGGAUCACCGAUUAGGUUAGUAAACAUCAACACUACCGACAUUGUGGAUGGACGGCCAUCGAUUGUCCUGGGGUUAGUGUGGACGAUCAUCCUGUAUUUCCAGAUUGAAGAGCUAACCAGCAGCCUACCAGAACUCCAAGCCUUUUCCAGCAGUAACUCCUCCCUGGAUAGCUCCACCAGCAGCACUGACACCACCAGCCCACCUGUCAAACGGAGACCCAUCCCUCCUCUGCAAGGGGGGGCCAGAAAAGCGUUACUCAGAUGGGUUCAGCAGACAGCCACCAAAUGUCUAGGGCUUGACGUGAAGGACUUUGGCCCCAGCUGGCGCACCGGUUUAGCCUUCUUUGCUCUUAUCAAUGCCCUCCGGCCUAAUCUUGUAGACAUGGAGCGGGUAUGGAGGAGGCCCAAUCGAGAAAAUCUGCAAGAAGCGUUCUUAUUGGCUGAAACUACGUUGGGCAUUCCACAGCUUCUCGAUCCAGAGGAUGUGGAUGUAGACAAGCCAGAUGAGAAAUCUGUUAUGACAUACGUCGCCCAGUUCUUGAAGCAUCAUCCUGACAGAAAGCCGAGCGACUCAGAAGGACAGCCCAAAGAAAGAGAACAGCGAAAGAGCCAGAGGGAACUCAAAAUGUGGCUCGAACAGUUGGAGAAAGAGGCGGUACAUGCACAGGAGACUGAGAGCAGUCUUGCUCAACAGUACCAGUUGUUCAAAAGCCUGCAAGUCCAGCUGGAGAUGAAGCGGAAGCAGGUGGAGGGAGCUUUGCAGUCCACACAAAGGGAUGGGAUGCUGACUGUGGAUCAGGCUCUGGUAAAACAGGCCUGGGAACGGGUCUCCAACAGGCUCCUGGAUUGGCAUCUUCAGCUGGACAGAUCCCUGCCACCUCCUCUGGGGACAGUUGGGGAAUGGCUACAUGAGGCUGAAGGAGCCCUGCGACAAGAGAUUACUGUCCAGCAGGCUCAUGAUAUCACAGCUAAUACUGUACACAGAGCUCUGGAGCAGCACAAGGAUGUGUUGAGGAGCCUGGAGAGUCACCAGCAAAUCUUUCAGAGAAUCCAUAAAGACAGAAGUGUUGACAGCGUUCCUGUUCCACAGGAUCAGCUCCAAGAUAUGGCUGAGCGGAUGAACUUUAUUUCUACAUCCUCCAGCAUCCAUCUGGCCAGAAUGGAAUUUCUGGAGAACAAACACCACAUGCAGGCCUUCCUCAUAUUGGCCGAGUCCAGGCUGAAGUCCUGGAUCAUCAAAUAUGGCAAUCAUGAAUCUAUGGAACUGAUGCUAAACAACUAUAUUUCAUUUGUGGAGAAGCAGCAUUUCUUUGAAAAUUAUGAGGCGUUGUUCCAGUCCCUAAAACAGUCUGCAGAUGCCUACGUCAGUGUGGACUGUUCAGUGGAUGAGGGCGAGAUGGGCGUGCGCAGGUUUAUGCGGGAAGUGGUGACUCAGUGGAGGAGUCUGUCGAUGGAGGUGCGGAGUGUGAGAAGCAUGCUGGAGGAGGUUCUGUCUAACUGGGAGAGGUACACCUCUACCGUGGCCUCCUUGCAGGCCUGGCUGGAGGAUGCAGAAGAAGCUCUGAGCCAGCCAGAGAACGUUAAACAGGAGUUUUUCAGGAAUCUCAGCCACUGGAUGGAUCUGCACACAGCCAUGAACGACGCAGGGAAUUUUCUCAUUGAAACGUGUGAUGAGACCGUGUCGCUUGAUCUCAAGCAGCAGUUACUUCUGCUAAACGGACGAUGGCGAGACCUCUUCCUCAAAGUCAAACAACAUGCUCAUUCAGAUGAGUUGGAAAAAUGGAGGAAAGACCACCUAAAGGCUUUGUGGACCCUAAAAGAGCUGCUUGAAACAGCAGAGGCCAAGCUGAAUGCUCCUGUUCAGGUGUCGUUCCUCAGCAUCAGAGCUUUCCUGCAGGAUGUCGAGAGCACCAAGCAAAAGGUCGUUUCCAUGGAGACGCAAUACAAGUUGGCUGCAUGCAGUGCUCAGCUCCUUGUCAAGGAUGCACCACAGGAUGAAGCUGCCAGGGUCAUGGCAACCAUGGCAAAGGCCAAAACUCAGCUGAGCAAGGUGAGAGAGCGGUGUCCCUCCUUGGUGAGGGAGUGUCACAUCCUACUGCCACUGUUGGAGGAGAUGGAGAAACACAUCACUGGGUUCUAUCAGGCCGUGGAAUGGGCAAGUCGGAUCACUUCUGGUGGGAGGGACUCUGAGGCACCUGGCCAACAGAAACACAAGUUGCAGGAUUUGCUGAACCAGCAGCAAAGUUGUAAACGAUGUCUCUCAGUGAUUGAGAGAAAUCACCAAACCCUGCAGAAAUCGCUAGGCAACAGUAAGGUGCUACGAAACUUCGAAAUGUCCCUGCUGCAAAAGAGACUUUCAGAAAUUCAAGGAUCAUCACAGGCUUUGCUUAAGGAGGUCGAGGAAUGGAGGAGGCGGGAGGAGGCCAAUGAUUACCUGAGGAGGAGGUUUGAGGAAUCACGGCAUGACCUGGAGAGAGUGCUGAAGAAAGCUCAGAGCUGCUUGAAGGAGACUGGAGACGCUGAUGAAUUACUAAGGAAACACAAUCAUUUUUUUGGCCAACUGGACCAGCGGGUGCUCAGUGUGUUCCUGAAAGCCUGUGACGAGCUGACGGACAUCCUACCUCAAGAGGAGCAGCAGAGUCUGCAGGAAACUGUCCGUAGGCUGCACAAGCACUGGAAGGACCUCCAGACAGAGGUUCCCUCUCACCUGCUUCGACUGAAAGUGGAUGCGGAGAGAAGUCGCGUGGCUUUGAUUCUUCAAGACUGCAGAGCAGAGCUGAAAAGAGAGAUACAGGCCCUGUCAGACACCUGCACCAGUGAGCGAGUGAUCAAAGAGCACAGGACUUUUUUCAGGGAACGCAAACCUCUGACUUUGUGUGAGAGAAGAAUCAGAAACAUGGAGGAUCUGUGUCAUAAGUUGCCUGACAAUGACCCGGUUUAUCGAAUGCUUGAUUCCACAAAAAAGGCUGUUGAAGAGGUUACUGAGCAAAUAACGAUCACCCACCUAAAGCUGGAGCAACACCCUGACAAAUGGAAAGAGUGGAAUGACAGGUUAUGUGAGCUUUCUGAUUGGCUGUCAUCCCAGAGAGGGCAGGCAAGGCAUUUAAGAGAGACAGCAAUGACUUCCCAUCAUCAGGACCAAAUUGAUGCUGCUGUUCGGACUCUACAGGAAGCCUUGAUGGCCCGAGAGAAGAGCCUGUUGUGGCUGAAAACUCGCCUUGCCAGUCUAUCAGAGGUUAGCUCUAAGCUGGAAGUCCAGAGACAGAGAGAAGCCCUGGUUAAACUUUCAACUGAGCUGCGAGCCCUCUUAUCUUUACUCUGUCAGUUGGGAGAAGAAGGCUCUGCCAUGUUCCAGUAUGAGGAGCUGAGGGAUGAAGUGCACGGUGCUUUGGAAGAGGUUUUGAGGGCACGAAAGGAGACUGAGGAGCAGACCAGCAGGAUUCUGAAUGCUGAGAACCUGGAGGAGGCCAAACAACUGUAUCUCAUUCACCAGCAACACCUGAAAAGGCUGCAUGCUAACAGGAAGGAGGCGGAACAGCUGGUGACCCAUUGCCACCAGCUGCAGACAGUUGAAGUACUGAGUCAGCCUCUGCAUGAACUGGAGGGAGCUUUUAGUAAGGUUGACCACAAAUCUGGAACAGCUGAGCACAACCUACAGAGUAGCGCUUAG